CCUUCGCGGUAGAUAAAAAAAAAAAAGAUUUUUAUCCUCAUAUCUAGUUUAAGUUUUGGCAAACCAGUACUUCACUAACUAUUUGUAUGAAUUUCACUUGAAAAUAUAAUGGACGAUAUUGACGAUCAGACUUCGAGUGAUGACUCAGGUAGGAAAUUUGCCACUGCAGAAGCCAAUUACUCACUCCUUCAGUCGGUGUACGGGUUAGCGCAAUGCACGCCUAAUAUUUCUAAUUCUGAUUGCAAUACUUGCCUUUGGAAUUGUGUCUCAACUUUUCCGACUUGCUGUAAUACAAACCAAGGAGCAAGAAUUCUGUUUCCGAGCUGUUAUGUUAGGUAUGAGACGUACCUGUUUUACAACACCAACUUUAGUGCCGCUUCGCGUCCUCCUCCUAGUACAACUACUAGGAGCAACCCUGGAAGUGGGGGAGUCUCAUUGGAAAAAAAUCACUGCCAUUGUAGUUUCAAUUGGGGUUGCUAUUAUGCUUUUCAUAGCAGGCUUCUGCUUCCUAAUUACUAGGAGGGCGAAG